GCUCCCUAUAUAAACCAUGAACAAACGGGUUGACGAUCUACUCACACAAACCCCUGGACAUGGACUGCCUCUCUGAGCUGCUACCUCCUUACCUUCAAGCUUACCUGCAGUCGUCAUCGUCGGUCGUAAAAAUUGGCUCUGCUGUCCUUGUAAUUCUUCUCUUAUUUGCUAUCGGCAAGGCUGUUGCUCCUCAAAAGUAUCCUCUUCCACUACCUCCUGGUCCCCCUGCGAAAUGGUUCUUCCAGCCCCCGUUUCCUCCGCGAAAUAUCGCGCACACUUUGUCAGAUAUGACAGAACGAUAUGGAGCUGUAUAUACCAUCAAGCAAGGCCGAAACGCGUUCGUUAUCAUUGGGCGAAUGCAGCCAGCAAUGGACAUCAUGGAGAAGUCCGGCGCUUCAAGUGCUGAUCGUCCUCGCAACAUCGUUGCUAAUGAGUUGCUCACGCAAGCAGGUCGCUUGCUUAUGGAGAGUGGGGGAGACCGUUUCCGCAGGAUGCGAAAGGCCGCGCACAUGGCUUUGCAACCCAAGGCUACAGAGAGCUACCAGCCCAUCCAGACGGCCGCUGCAAGGGCCGUUAUCCUUGAUUUAUUGAGGGAUCCUGAUAAUUUUGCAGAGCAUAUAAAAGGAUAUGCCUCUACGGUUAUCCUCAAGGUUACGUAUGGCAAACGCACCCCUACUUCCUUCCAUUCGCCGGAGGUACAACGGGUACAUCUCACCCUUGGACGGAUACAGUCGACCUUCGUUCCCGGAACGUACCUCGUUGAGCUCUUCCCGUUUUUGAACCGCGUCCUGGGUGCAUACGGGUAUGAGAUGGCGCAGUGGAAGAGAGAAGAAGAGGAGCUAGCAGCGGGGCAGAUGGCAAAGGUGAAGAAGGACAUGGAGGACGGAAUAGCAGGGCCAUCGUUUACUAGGAACAUGAUUGAGAACCGGGAAGUUCAUGGACUGGAAGAGGACACAAUGGCGUUGCUCUCCAACGGCCUAUUCGGUGCCGGGAGCGAUACUACUGCACUUGCCCUCAUCCAUGCGAUCAUGGUCGCUGCGGCCUUUCCCGAGGAGCAAGCGUGCGUCCAGGCCGAGAUUGAUGCUGUUGUAGGGUACGAUAGGGCUCCGACGUUUGAGGACCAUGAUAAUCUACCUCAACUGCUUGCAUUGGCGCAGGAGCUGCUCAGGUUCAGGCCGAUUACGCCCAUUGGUUUCCCCCACAAGGUGAACAAAGACAUUGUAUACGAGGGCUAUCUGAUCCCCACCGGGUCGAUCAUCCUCGGAAGUCACUGGGCAAUUUCUCGCGACCCCGAAGCGUUUUCUAACCCUGACACUUUCAACCCGCAACGAUGGCUCGAUGCAAACGGCCAACUGAGGACAGACAUCAAGUACUUCUCGUUCGGCUUCGGAAGACGUGUCUGCCCAGGCCAACACGUCGCAAACCGCUCCAUCUACAUCAACCUCGCACUCAUAUUUUGGGCGUUCCGCAUCGUGCCCAAGCCCGGGUACAAGCUGGACUUGGACUCGUGGACGGACGGACCGGUAUCGCGGCUGCCGCCGUUCGAGGUUAACUUUGAACCGAGACAGAGCGUGGAGGCAAUCAGAAGGGCAAUGAACGAGCUGGUCAGUGGAAGUGAGGAGGAUGAAGAGAUGUAGUGAAGGGUCCCGUAGUUCAUCAAGGACGUGUACACAGCGCACCAUAUAAUAUUAC